UGUGGCUGUGUUAUCUAGUGGGAAUCUCUAGCUGGCUAGUUAUCUACCCUCUGGCGUUCCGCAAUAUUGGAGAAAAAGUUGAUUGAUAAUCCAAGUACUAGUUUGAAAAAUAUGCACUGGGCAUCAAAAUGAUCUCCCGAAUAGUUUUAAAAGAUGUGGUUCAGAGGUUCAAGAGUUUUACUCCUGAGUUACGGCUGGGAUUGUUUCUGUCAUAGUAUAAUUUGUUUACUGUCACUAACGUUACAUAUUUCGGUUUAUCAGAGGAUGUCUUCAGUCUUGGAACGACAGUUUUUGGCAAUGGUCAUGUGCACAAGCUCAAUAAGGUUCCGGAGUGGCGCAGCGGUCUGAGGCACUGCAUCUUAGUGCAAAAGAGGCGUCACUACAGACCCUGUUUCGAAUCCAGGUUGUAUCACAUCCGGCUGUGAUUCGGAGUCCCAUAGGGCAGUGCACAAUUGGGCCUGCAUCGCCAGGGUAGGCCGUCAUUGUAAAUAAGAAUUUGUUCUUAACUGACUUGUCUAGUUAAAUGAAAAAUAUAGAAUGACAUACUCCUUCCACCACAAGACAGUGAGCCAGCUACUCCUCAGUAAUGGGGUUCUGGGGUGACAUUGAGAAGAGUGUGGGCACCACUGUUUGGUUUCUGCUUCUCUCUAUCAGCACAGGGGUGUUAUACUGGGUCUGCUACUGUUUGGUGCAUCUGCCCAGAACCAGAUGGAGGGGUUCAUGCCAGUAUCCCUCUCCCUUAUGUAUAUGGCCACAGUGCACUCCCGUAUGGUUAAGGGCUUUCUUUUCGGGGUCACUGUACCCAUGUUAGCCCUGCCCUGGCUGUUUCUGUUCAUCACAACACUUUUGGUCCCACACACUGUCUUCCUUUGCAAUGUCAUGGCCAUCAUCGCAGGGGGGAUCUACGGAAAGGGCUGGCUCUCACUUCUGGACAUGUCCGAUGCCAGGGCAUCAGUGCUGGACAAGAAGAUGCCUUUCAGGCGGCUGAGGAACAUUGAUGUCCUGUAUGUCCCUGCAUCAAUAGAGGCGAGAAGGAAGACAGUCCACCCACCAAUCAUUCCAACCCCAGGCUCCUACCCAGUCCAAGCCUACGCUCCAGUGUCUUCUACCUCCAACCUACAGGCUACCGAGACCACACCAAAGACAUUUGAAGGCUGGGCCCACUCCUACUAUACACAGGGGAGCCCUGUUCAGGUCUCAGGUUAUUACGGACACAACCAUGGAUAUGGCCUCAAGCUUUGGGCCAAGUUACGGACAUGGUCACAAACAUGGACACAGCUGCAGCCACAGCCAAGGUCAUGGACAUAGUCACGAACACAGCUUUGGCCAUGGACUCAGUCAUGGACAUGCAUCUGCCUCUCAAACCAGCAGUCACUGGGCUCCAGUGGCUCAACAUCCACAUUCUCAACAUUCCCACCUCAGUCCAUUGUCUGUGUCUGUCAGUGCCCCAGGGGCGGAAAUC